CCCAUCAUUUCGUCGUCUAUUGAACAGUUGGACCCUGUAGACAGCAAAAAUACGGUGAUCUGAUCGAUUAAAAAGGCUUCCAUUCCAUGAGCAAGAAAGCUGGUUUAGUCCCAAGAAUGUGGAACCUAAAUCAGUCUCUCUUUGGUGGUGGUGAUAGUGACCCACAAGACAACUUAUUGGAUGAAUCCGAAGGCCCCUGCUCACUCUCUCCAUUGCAGAGAAUGUACGGAUUUGCUGCUUGUUUGUUAGCUGGCCUAAUUUGUACGUUCCUGUCAUUGAUUGUUUUUGCCAUACCCAUCAAGUUCGCAUUGUUGUUUACCUUUGGCAACAUGAUGGCUGUUGGAAGCACAGCUUUCCUUAUUGGAGCAGGGCAACAAGCAAGGAUGAUGCUUGAUCCUGUCCGUGUUUACGCUACAGCUGUUUAUGUUGGAUGUGUUGUUUUAGCUCUCAUUUGUGCUCUUUUGAUCCACAAUAAGGUUUUGACAAUACUUGCAAUCAUAUGUGAGAUCUGCGCCCUCAUUUGGCUAUAUUUCAUGAGUUGCAAUCAACCGUUUUAGAUUGGUUAAUUUGGGGAAGAAAGCUAAACUUGUCUUGAGUAUGAAUGCCUCCCUUUUUACCUUAAGUCUUUCUGUAGUUCAAAGUGAGAAGUUCAUUAAUUAAAGAUAUAUUCUUCUCUAAUAUUUCAUGUUUUAUGGGUGCUGUUGAAUAGAUUAUGCUCAGUGUUUUUAAACCUUUGUUGGGUUCUUUCAGGUACAGCUUAAGUUACAUUCCUUUCGCUCGUAGAAUGGUUUCUGAGGUGACGAUCCGCCUUUUUGACACUGAGAUCUAGACUACUGAUACUGGAGGAUUGUUUAUGUAGUUCAUUGCCAAAGAGAUUCCUGAAGAUUGGCAUCUGGGAGAUUUUUUGCCCUUUUUUCCAUUGAAAAAUUUGGUUGACCGAGUUGGGUUACUUGAGCUUGUAAUGUUAUGGUGUUACUGUUUGGCUGCUUUAUCAAAGUCCAAUUGUUUUCUCUUGUUACCGAAGGAUGUACCGUAUCGGAAGUGACAAUUUUUUUCUUACUUCCACGAGCAUAAGAAAUUCUUUUUAACUUUUUUUUAAAGUUGUAAGGCGAAAUAUGACUAAACACAGAAACACGUGAUGUUCAUGUUCAACUCUCAG